GUGAUGUUUGAGGAGGCGUAGGUGUAAGUGUGAAGGAACUCAGUCUGGACUGUGCCUUAUGGACUUGCUAAUGAUUAAUCCGUGGAAAAGCCCAAAAACACUGUGGCUUUUGUGCCUAAUAAUUCUUUCCCUGAUUUUGCCAUAGCAACGUAAUGCUUUUUUAGAAUUAAUCUCCCUCAUUUCUUCGUUCUCCUUUCUUUGACCCGUAUGCUGUUUUUGUCCAUUUUGUACUUGUGUCUCCAUGCUUCGGUCAGUUUUUCUUUCAAAAGAAAACAUUUCUAUGCCUUCCGUGAUAUGUGGAUUAGCUUUUAUUUGUCAUGAUGUCGCAAGAACCGCAGCCUCAUCUGCAGCUUUUUUCACACCGAACAAUUUUUCUUUUUUUUUUUUUUUUCCCUUCCCAACGUGCAUCAGGCAGAGUGAUGGAUACUGGUUUCAAAGCACGGAUAACCACGGAUUUACGGCGGACUGCCUUGACACGUGGAGCCUCAGGGAGAGGAGGUGUUGUUAUCUGCCCACCCCCCCUCCAGAUCUCACUCUUGAGCCUCUCCAGCUCACAGGGAUACAGAUUGCUUUCAAGUGACAGCCUCUUGUCAGGGAACUGCUCUGUGUCCAGGAGAAGUGAAGUGUUUUCAGAGUGCUGCAAGAGCCCAGCACCGUGUACCCGCCACAAGUGCUGAGUGGAACAUCUUGGAGGUGGUCCAGGCCAACUGCGUCCGCUGGAGGAAGACCUUCUCCUUCCUGUGCAAGAUGAGCGCCAGCCCCAGCACGGGGGUCUUGGAUCCCUGCGUGUGCAGAGUAUCUGUCCGCAAGGAACUGAAGGGUGGAAAAACGUAUGCAAAGCUCGGGUUUGCUGACCUCAAUCUGGCUGAGUUCGCCGGCUCCGGGAACACCACGCGGAGGUGUCUGCUGGAAGGGUAUGACACCAAGAACACGCGACAGGACAACUCCAUACUGAAGGUGGUUAUCAGCACACAGCUGAAGUCGGGAGAUCCGUGCUUUAAAACGCCUCCUUCCACUGCUAUGUAUAUAGGAAUACAAGGAGAUGCUGACGGCCUGCACGAGGACAGAAAGGGUGGGGACAUGCAGAAACCCUUCCUGGGGGUAUCAGAGACCCUGGGAAAGUGUGCCUCUCUUCCAGAUGAACUUGGGGGAUAUAGCCACUCCAGAACAUCCAGCUAUGCUAGUCAGCAGUCAAAAGUAUCAGGGUACAGCACGGGGCACUCGCGUUCAUCCAGCCUUUCGGAGUCCUCCCAUAGGAGAAACACAUCGGUGGGCAGCGCCUCCACGGGCAUCGGCAGCCUUCCUGAACCCAGCGAAGAGCGGGAGUCCAGGACAGCGCCCCCCGGUGGAGCGGCGGCUGCCUGCGCCGCAGUGCCGGAGGACCCGGAUAGCCCCAACCUCGGUGCCUCGUCCAAGCUUCCUGCCAAACAGGACUCUGUUGAGUCGCAGCUGAAACGGGUGGACGCCACUAGGGUGGACGCCGACGACAUUGUGGAGAAGAUCCUCCAGAGUCAGGACUUCACUCCCAGCCUGCUGGACUCCAGCGCUGAAGAGGAGGGCCUGCGCUUGUUCGUGGGUCCUGGGGGAAGCACCGCGCUUGGCAGCCAUCAUCUCCCGGCCAGAGUCGGUGCGGGAACGUAUGAGCAGGUGGUGAUCAAGCGCUAGCUCUACCGGAUGCCAAGCAGAAAGGCAGCACAACCCAAGGUGACCCGGAGGAGAGUUGUGUCUCACUUCAUUCCAGCACCACACUGACCCAACUGGGAAUGCGCUCUGUCCACACGUGCUGACCACAGUGGCACCCCCUGGUGUUCACGGAGCACGACGACUUUUUUUCGUUCGCUUUUUAAAGGUCGGGGUGCCACCGUUGAGUCGCGUGUACAAAUCUGUGAGUAAAAGUACAGUGUAAUGCUGUCUUUUGUCAUAGUUUCAGUGUCAGAUGCUAAAUUCCAGGAGUGCAAUAAUGUGCCCUUUUGUCCCUUGUUUGUUUUUUUAUGUGGUAAAAAAGCAUGUUUUAUUUGUGUUGGAUAGUUAUUCAUUCUGAGGUUUCUCUGUUACUCCUUUAUUACGAUCCUCAUUAAUUUGCUGCUACAAAGUCUUAAUGUUAUUUCUAUAAAGACCCAUUAGAUGUUCUGGAAGAGAGGCAGUUUCUGACAAUAAGGCCUCACUGUGCACUUAUCCUGGUGAGCUGUGCAACAGCCCAUGUUUGCUGGAUUAUGAUAUUAAAACUAAUUCAAGGAAUACACAUCGAGGUUCCCAUGUUUGAGGGAAUAAAUGCAUAGAUAAGCUGCACAUCUCAUUAACUUUUUCUUUUUUUUUUUUUUUUUUUUUAAUAUAUUUGGGGCAGUGGGUCAUUGGAGCCAUUACCUUCCGACUGAAGGACCCAGGUACAAAACCCCACUGCUGUUGUGAAACUCUGAAUGAAGGUACUAACCCUAAAUUGAUACCGAAACAUUACCCAGCCCUAUAAAUGGGAACUAAUUUUAAGUAGCUGAGCAUUCAAACCAAACAUUUUAAGUUGCUUCGGAGAAAAGUGUCAACUGAACGAAUCGUAGUCACAUUUCACUAGUCACAUUUCGGUUAACAUACUCCAGCUUGUGAGACAGUCGUCGCCUGACAUUUUUACAGCGUUUCAUGAGGACGUCAGGUUGUGUCGUGGCAGCGAACCCAUGGCUGUCCUCUCUGAGGAUCUGAGAUGAGAUGCAAACCCACCAUCAGUUCAGAUUCCAUAUCCUAAUUUGCAUGCAGAGACCACCCAGGAAAACACAUAUUUAGUACAUUUCUUGCAUCUGCUGACAAAUGCAUUGCUGGGAAAUUUCUUCAUGUCAUAUAUACCAAAAAGGUUGUUUCAAUUUGAACCUUUCUUUAAAUUUUUCUCAAUUCCUCAUAAUCAUCAGAACGUAAUUGUGCUAACUUAAAAAUAUCAGUUUAAAAAGAAUCAGCUCUUGGUUUUCCAUCAUUCCACUACCAUAGCAAAUCUGCACUGUGUUAAGAAUGUCACAGUCCAUCUGUGAAAUCUGCAGUUACUGUACAAAAAUUUUGCGUAUUAAUGCAAAUGUGGGAUUUCGGUUUCUUUCUAGUCUUCGGUCAAAACCAUCCUGAGGCCAUAGUAUUCUUGUGAGAAUACCAUUUAGUUCAGAUUUUCCAACAUGGGAAAGGGCCAUAUAUAGUGGGACAUGCUCUCUAGUUCACAGAUGUACAAUCAUUGCUUUGCUGAGGAGCCCAUUGCUGAAAUGAGGCUUUAUGAUGGAAUAAAGCAGGUUGUCUGGACAGCGCACGCCUUCACACACAUGCUGGUGUGUGAUGUUAAAGGAGCAGGUGGUGCAGCAGUCCACACUUCUCAUAAUGGACAUGUGAGUCAGAUGUUUGCAUUUUAGUCUCGUGGAGGCGAAGCAUGGCUUUACCUGGAGUAUGACCCUUAGUCUAAGGUAUCCAGCUGCAUAAAUGAGUAAAACUGUGCUAAUUCAUAACUUUGGAUAAAGUAUAUCCCAAGAAAACAAAAUAUAUUACUGAUAUCAUGAGACUAACCUGACCUUUUCUUUUGGAUUAGAUCCAAACCCUUAUGUACUCAGAACUGGAACCAUAUCCUCAUAUUGUUACUACAGCUUAUGUUACUGACUCUGGUAUUUUUUGAUGAAACAUAAGGGUUGUAUUCGGUGUAUUAUUGUGUCAUUUGGUUUACCUGUUCAUUGGUGUGCUAUAUUGUAUUUUCAAAGUCAGAAAUGCCUUUUGAACCAACAUUGGUUUCUUUUUCCAAUGUAUAUACAUGUACUGUCCAUGAAAAUGUUAAUUGCUUAAUAUUAAUUACAUCCAUUCAUUUACAUAACAGUAUUGCACAAUACUGUAUGUCUUC